AUGCAUACCCCUCAACGUCUCACCAUCGCCGUCGAAAACUCGCCGCACAUCAGCUUUCAGAUGUCCAACAUGCGGCUUGCUCAGAAUUCUCCUGACUCGCUGGCCUCGCAAGCUACCACAGCCGAUCUCUCUCCACAUGGAGACAUGGACUGCGACAUCUCUCCUAACUGCGUUGGUUCCAUCUCCCUCCAACUCGACGACAUCCACAAUCAGACCUGCGACGCGACGGAUUACUUCGACCAAAGGAGGGACAGCCUCUGCAGCGACGGGCAUGCAGAAAACGCCAGGGCCCCACAACGAGGGGUGACGCGGAUUCUCUCGGAGGAGGAAGCAUCUUGCGAAUCACCAGAGCGCAAGAAGAUCAAAGGAAACAAGAGACCUCUCGCCGGCAACUCCUUCCGCAAUCAGCGAUCCCUGUCCAACUUUGAGCCGCGAAGCAAGCGAGCGCAUUCGCCAGUCCGCCGCUGCCUGUCGCAGAACGACAUUGGAGAGCCAUCGACACCCAAGAGAAGGCUGGAUGUUUUUACUGACAACGACGUCGAGUGCAACAUUAGCGUUGACCUGGUGGCGGGAAUAGCGAGGGGCGAAGACAAGUAUCGCAAGAUGUAUGACAAGGUGAUCAUUGUCGAUUGCCGUUAUCGGUACGAGUAUGAGGGAGGGCACAUCCAUGUGGAGCCGGACCUGGAUGGAUGGCUAGAGGUGAUCCAUUUUACUCCCUGCCAGCACAAAGCAGCGAUCAACUACUUGUUUCCAAGCGAUUCGGAGCAUGUUGUCUGGAACGAUCGUGUUUGCCUGAUCUUUCACUGCGAGUACUCUCAGAAGCGAGGACCAGCCAUGCUUAAGAGCAUUAUUGAGCAUGAUCGCAAGAUGAUGGGCGAAGAGCGAUACCCUCUGGUACAUUACCCUGAAACUUACGUCAUGGGCAAGGGCUACAAGGAGUUCUUCCUCAAGUACAAGGAACUGUGCAACCCUCAGACUUAUAUCCCUGAGAAUGAUCCUCGUUUCACCGACAUGUGCAAACAGGCGACCCGACAAAGAAAGAUGUCUAAGAAGGGUAUGGAGCCUGGGGCUGCACUUUGA